GGAUGGAGGAGGCAGACAAACACAAACACACACGCGCGCGCACUCUCAGACAGAGAGCGAGAGAGCGCAGCAGCAGCAACACUGCACUGACCGGUCUGUCUGUCUCGUGAAGAUGCUAAAAUAACGGCGACAGACCAGCACAUUUGGCUUGUUUAUCUCGAGCAGCUCACUCACUGCCUCCACCAUGUCUGGAAAAAUAGACAGUAAACAAGAAUCCCAGCGUUCCCACUUGACAUCCUUUACAAUGAAACUAAAGGAUAAAUUCCACUCUCCAAAAAUCAAAAGGACACCAUCAAACAAAAAGUCCAAACCGCCGCCAGAACAACCCGUUAAGUCUCCAGAAAAGACAGUGACCAAGAGUCUGAAUCAACUAGAUGAGCGUGAGAAAGAAGUGGUUAGUGCCUUGCGGUACUUCAAAACAAUAAUUGACAAAAUGGUGUUGGACAAGAAGGUCCUGGAGAUGCUUCCUGGUUCCGCAAGCAAAGUGUUGGAGGCCAUCACGAACUUGGUUCAUCUCGAUAACAAGAUAUUGAGCAGUUCAAAAGUGUCGUCCUGUCUAAGUGAACUCUAUCAGAGUUUAGCAAACCUCAUUGGCUGGUCGGACAAGGUGAUGCUGGAGGGCGUGAACUUGGAGGAUAAAGAAACAAUCACAACCGCCACCAAUAUGAUCAAAGCAGUGUUGGAUGGUGUAAAGGAGCUUGUUAAAGUCGCCAUCGAGAAGCAGGAACACCCCUCGCCCACGACGCCCAUCAAAACUCUGCCUCCAGUCACCAGUCCACAGCGUGUUCCAGAUCCUCCUGUGAUUGAGACGAAGGUAAAUGUCGUGAAUGAUGCCCCUGAGACUACAGAAGUCCCAAAUAAAAUCCCAGAAGAGGAAGUGGCCCCUCCUAAACCCCCUAAACCCCCUCUACCUGGACUCAAAGUGCCUGAACACUGUCCACCAGCGCUUCCUCCAAAGAAGCGUCAGUCUGCCCCGUCUCCCACGAGGAUCGCUGUCGUAGCGCCGAUGAGCCGCACUAUAAGUGGAUCGAGUCUUCCUAUUGGCAUCUGUCGACAGGAAUAUGAGGCAGAAGCUUUACAGAGGCGGUUUUCCGGCGGCAGUCAAUCUUAUGGCGGGGAGUCUCCACGACUCUCCCCCUGCGGCAGUAUCGGAGGACUGAGCAAGUCGGACGAGCAGCUUUCAUCAUUGGAGCAGGACAGUGGACAAUGCUCUCGUAACACCAGCUGUGAAACUCUGGACACAGCAGAAAGCUACGACCCCGACUAUGACUUCCUGCAUCAGGAUCUGUCGAGCGUCGACCAGAUUCCCAACGCACAUACAGGGGGUUGUCUAAGCCCUCUCCCAGAGUCCCACCAUGAAUCUUCAUUCCCUGUCCAAUCGAUGCCACCCGCUCUCCCCAAAAAGGAGCGUCGGACCCCUCUGCCUCCUGUGGAACGACUUCACUCUCAAUACGACAACGUUCCAGAUGAGGAGAUGCCAACCCCACCCUUCCCACUCUUUGCAUCCAUGCCACCCUCGAACUCUGGAGUAUAUAUGUCAAACUUCAGCCCUGCCGAAAACGCGCAUAUUCCCCAAAGUCCCCCACCCCUGCCGGAGAAGAAGAGUCGGCAUAUCCUACAGUACAUGCAGUUUAUGGAGGAUUACUCCGAACCGCUGCCUUCCGUCUUCUACCAGACGCCACAGAACGAAAGCAUUUAUGAGCAGCGCAAUAGGAAACGCUUUCAGGAAGUGUACGGCAUCAGCGACUCCUUAAGCAGCGGGGGCGAGCCACUCCCACCUCCGGCGCUGCCGCCCAAACAGAGACAGCUGGCCUCCUCACACUCUGCAUCUCCUUCCUCCUCCUCUUCCUCCUCUAUUUCGUGCAACCUCCAGCAGUGUGCUUCCGGGCCGGGUCCCGGUGAGACAGAAUCUGCUCUCAGCCUAUCAGCAUCUAACUCCUCUCUGAGUCGCCAGGGUUCCCUUCCUGUCCCCACGAGCGCUAGCGAUGAACGUUGCGAGGGUGAAUACGUCAAUUUGUAUUCGUCCAACCAAGCCAAUGGAAAUGUGACUUUCUCCAAUGGAGACUCUUCUUGUGAACCCGAGGACUCGCUCGAAGACUCGUCUUCAGAACACGGAAAAGACCCGGUCGACAGAGAAGGAUGGAAGCAGAAAUGUGUGGACUCUGAGAUGAGCUCAGACGAGGUAGAUGAGCUCUUGCUGUUAGACCACGAUGACAUCAUGUCUCGCUUGACGAUAAAGCAAGAGAACGAUGAUGGGCCUGAUGUUCGAGCUGGAUCAGGAGAUAUUUUAUUAGUUCAUGCCACAGAAAAUAAUUGCAAAGAUCGAGUUUUAUACUGUGAGGCUUUCCUGACCACAUACAGAACGUUUCUAACCCCAGAGGAACUCAUUAAAAAGCUCCGCUAUAGGUAUAACAGAUUUUCUCACAGCUCUGACAGUGUCAAACAGCGUGUUGGUACAAACACUUUCUUCAUGCUGGUGCGGGUCGUGGAUGAGCUCUGUUUGGUUGAGCUGAAUGAAGACAUCCUGAAGCAGCUUAUGGACCUCGUGCUACAUCUGCUGCGUAACGGAGAUCUCGCGCUGGCUCGGGUUCUGCGCAAGAACAUUCUAGAAAAGGUCCAGCAGAAGAGGUUGCUGCAGUACACCAAUUCUCUCAAAACGCUGGCUGCACGAGGGGUGGCCGCCAGGCCCGGUACUCUGCAUGACUUCCGCAGUCAUGAGAUCGCAGACCAGCUGACGCUUCUCGACGCAGAGCUGUUUUAUAAAAUCGAGAUUCCUGAGGUCUUACUCUGGGCAAAGGAACAAAAUGAGGAGAAGAGUCCCAAUCUGACACAGUUCACUGAGCACUUCAACAACAUGUCAUACUGGGUUCGAUCCUUAAUAAUUCUACAGGAGAAAGCCCAGGAUCGAGAAAAAUUACUUUUGAAGUUUAUCAAAAUUAUGAAGCACUUAAGAAAACUCAAUAACUUCAACUCAUACUUGGCAAUAUUAUCAGCGUUGGAUUCAGCACCCAUCAGAAGACUGGAAUGGCAGAAACAAACUUCAGAGGGUUUGGAGGAAUAUUGCACUUUAAUUGACAGUUCCUCCUCCUUCCGAGCGUACAGAGCAGCUUUAGCAGACGUGGAGCCUCCAUCUAUACCAUAUCUAGGUCUCAUUCUCCAGGACUUAACUUUUGUGCAUCUUGGGAAUCCUGAUCACAUUGAUGGAAAAAUCAACUUUUCCAAACGAUGGCAGCAGUUUAACAUCCUGGGUACCAUGAGGCGCUUUCAGCAAGUGCACUAUGAUCUCAAACACAAUGAAGACAUCGUCUCCUUCUUCAACGACUUUAGCGAUCAUCUAGCCGAGGAGGCUUUGUGGGAGCUGUCUCUGAAGAUCAAACCGCGCAACAUUACGCGGCGAAAAACAGAACGAGAAGAAAAGACAUAGCUUGCCCGGCAAACCAAACAAACUUUUUAUACAAAGUUGCAGGAGACAGCAAUCGAAAGUUACUGUAAAGGCAGCUACGAGACUGGAAACCAUAAUGUAUAUCUGUGACAGUUUACAGAAACUUUUUGUAAUUCAUGAUUUGAUUUUUUUGUAAUUGCACUGCAGCUUAACCUGUGUACACAUUUGAAGUGAAACCGCAUCGAGCCGAGAGAAAGACAGAAAACUCUUUCAAGAUUUCAGGCGGAUACAUAAGAUUGUGACUUGGAAAUGAAGUUGAUAGUCCACCUCGCAUCUGGAUGUUUGCGAAUUAUUUUCAUGAUGCUGAUGUUCCUUGAAGACUGAGAUUUUUAUUUAUUUAUUUUUUAUGUAAUAGAUGCACAUAAAGACUCUGGGUUUAGGUUGGUCAGAAGGUCAGAUAUGGUUGGCGUUGCUUUCAGGAUUUCUUUGCUAAUUCUGCAAAUAUUAACAUGGUAUCUGGCUCAUUCAUUCAUUUAUUGCUGAAUAUACUGAUUUAUUUCAGCUAAGAGCGUGUCCGUUGUAUGUGCAUUAAGCCGUUUCAAAUGUACUAAGUCAAAAACUCAUAUUUAUGUUACCCAUUGCUGAGGUCUAUGUUAAAAUCUUGUCUUCCAAUUACAAAUAAUUGUUGCUAUUAAUCAGGGAAACUCACAUUGUUUGUUAACCAUGCAAGUUAUUUAUUUGUACAUUUAUGAGUGUAGAUAAACAACAUGCUUUACAUGGCAAAAUCAGUAGCAUCAAUUGGAAAGGACGCCUGCUUCAACUGUGUUUUUGCGAGAUAGAUCUUAGGAGUUUUUCCUUGUUGUAACUGUUUGUCUUGUGGUGCAUUUCAUUAUUUUUCUCUUUAGAGAAAUGUAACACUUUGCACAACGGCCAGGUACAAAAUAACCACGUGCUCCUGUCUGACCCAGAGAUCUGACCGUGAUCAAAGACCUACUAUCAACUGCUUAAAGCUGUUCAUGUAGUGGUGUCGAUGUGAUUUUUUUAAUGUAUAUUGCAGUUUUCCUUUUGUUUUUUAAAAGGAUUUUACAUUGACAAUUGCUGAGAGAUUUUCUCUGUUGUGUGAGACAUAAUAAAAUGUGCACUUUGAAGUUUG